AUGAAACUUUGUUCUUCCCAAAAGGAACAUAUUUUGUUUGCUAUCAAGCAUGAAAAGGAUAUACUUAAACAGUUAACAGAUGUUCCUAAUGUAACAAAGUUGGCCAAUGUUAGUAAUGAAUACGCAAAUGAUGAGAAUUGUAUUUUCUUUCCUAUUUAUAGACCUUUCAAAUACGAAACAAAUGACCAACGACUUAUUUUAAAAACAAUUGAACCACUGAUUUCAGUUCUAAGAACUAUUCACAGCAGAAAUAUCUACCAUAGAGAUAUCAGGCCUGAUAAUAUUUUGUUAGGCGAACAGGAUAAUGUUGUUCUGGCUGAUUGGGGGUUUUCUGUUUACAAUUCUUCACCACAAGAUCACUUUGCAGGAACUGCUCUAUUUUGUGCAGAAGAGUAUGCUAAAAGUUGGGUUGAAUAUACACCAAUUCGCUAUACGGAUAGAUUUGAUUGCGAAAGUUUGUUGAAGUGUUGUUAUUUCAUGUUACGCUCAAAAGUCAGAUCCAAGUUUGAUAUUCUAAACAAAGCACAAAAAUUACAGUCAGCUAUGGAUAUUUGGAAAGAAAUAGCUGACAAUGAUACGCAGUUUUCUCAUUAUCUGCAACAAGUCGCACAGAAUACAGAUCCCUAUCAAGUAUUGUAUGAUUUUGUAAAUUCUUACAUGCCAAAUGAUGACAAUUUGCAAUAUGACUAUGAUUAG